AUGCAGUCCUACAUUGGUGUGUUGGCACGCUCCAGAGUCCCACUUGUGGACAAGAAAUGGGCUGAAAUCCCCAAGGAUAUAAAGGAGCAGAUUUGGGAAGCCGUUGACAUGGCUUUUGUGGUAGGUCAAGGGGGCAAGACCUCGGUGUUAUCUUCUGCUGCCAAGAAAUGGAAGGAUUUCAAGUCUACACUAACGAGGCAUUAUAUCCUUCCAUACAUCAAGGAGAGGGAGAAAUUAAGCCAACCCCCUGAAUAUAUAAAUUCAUAG